CUUCUCGAUGGCAAAAAUGGAAGGGUUUGAGUAGAGAGGUUGGGUUGGUAAGCCGCAUGUAUGCGUCCAUGUCUUGUUGUUGAAGGCAAGUACUGGUACAUACAUCUGUAAGGGUCUUGGUACCCGCUUCCAAAAGCUGUGUGGUUCUUCCUCAGUCCAGAUUCCAGAUUUGAUAGCGCCCCACUUUACACAUAGCCUGGAGUCUGAAUCCAGAUUAUAUUUUCCUUCCAUCGCCCACCCCACCAGUCGUCAUUCGCGAAGCAGCAAAACGGCAUUCUAUACCUCCAAUCUCCAUUGCUUCAGUCGCAUAAACUCAAUCUCUCCGUCUCUAUCGGAAUACCACUUCACCCACCAAGUAAAGGAAGCCCACUAGGAGCACUACACAAGAAGAACCGAAGCCAUGGCUGUCCGCGCCCAGUUCGAGAACUCCAACGAGGUUGGAGUCUUUUCCACACUUACAAACUCUUACGCUUUGGUCGCCGUCGGUGCCAGCGAAAACUUUUACAGCGUCUUCGAGGCCGAACUCCAAGAUGUUAUCCCUAUCUGCAGAACCACCAUUGCCGGCACAAGAAUCAUCGGUCGCUUGACAGCUGGUAACCGCAAAGGUCUCCUCGUCCCCACUACCACAAGCGACCAGGAACUGCAACAUCUGCGCAACAGUCUCCCCGACGACGUGCGCAUACAACGUAUCGAGGAGCGCCUGUCGGCCCUGGGCAACGUGAUUGUGUGCAACGACCACACGGCGCUGAUCCACCCGGAUCUGGAGCGCGAGACCGAAGAGAUCAUUGCCGACGUGCUCGGCGUCGAGGUGUUCCGCCAGACCAUUGCCGACAACGUGCUCGUCGGUAGCUACAUGGCGCUCAGCAACCAGGGCGGCCUCGUUCACCCCAAGACAUCCAUCCAGGACCAGGACGAGCUCAGCUCCCUGCUCCAGGUACCGCUGGUGGCCGGCUCCGUCAACAGAGGUUCCAACGUCAUCGGCGGUGGCAUGGUGGUCAACGACUGGAUGGCCGUCACUGGUCUUGAUACUACGGCGCCCGAGCUGAGUGUUAUCGAGAGCGUGUUCAGGUUAGGAGAGGGUGCCGCGCCUGGCCAGAUCAACUCCAGCCUCAAGGAUACCAUGGUCGAGUCUUUCUACUAAAUCCAAUGGUUUUUCUUUUGUGGGCUUGUUUUGGAGUUGGUGUUAUCUGUGCUUGGUAGGCAAGGAGAAAGGAAGGCAAUGUGUGAGGCAGGAGGGAGCGGAGGCGAGAGAUGGAUGUGUAGGAGGCGGGAUUCUUGUCAGGUAUACCAACGACAAUGGGUCGUUUCUGACAUGCAUGCUCAAGCGUGAGCAAACAAGGCGAUUUUUCUUCCAAUGAAUGGUUCCUAUGACUGGCGUUUUUGCGUGAGGAUAUGGAUAUGUGUGAAGAUGACCGUGGUUGUGGCUCGGCCUGGAUUGCGAGAUUGCUUCGAGUUUUGGAAAUGCCAUCUGGAAUGAAAAAAAGCUUCCAGUUGACAUGGCCAUGGCCGUUCAGAAUAAUCACGAAGUAUAGAUACUCUUCGAGGUUCAGUUAACAUGUGACAUAUAAGUCCAGAACGCGGGACCAAUGUCUUUGGGAUUUGGGGCAAGGCACGGUUUUCUGCCAAGG